AUAAAUGCAGGGAUCCGCUUCAGGGUCAUACACUUGUUGCCUAUCGAACCAUACACACGGCACGCGUGUCUGACUCCAUUGAAAUCAAUCUCGUGCCCGUUCAAGCGUAUUUCGGUUGUGUUUUCGAAGACUGAAGACUCCUAACUAGCGUAAAUAUGAGUGGAAAGCUUGCUUUGUUGAGUGUGUCUGAUAAGACGGACUUAUUACCUUUUGGUAAAAAACUAUGUGACUUGGGCUUUGUACUAGUCGCAUCCGGAGGUACCGCCAAAUCUCUGAGAGACACUGGCCUACCAGUUAAAGAUGUAUCAGACAUCACAGGAGCUCCUGAAAUGCUUGGCGGACGAGUUAAAACUCUUCAUCCAGCGGUUCAUGCAGGUAUUUUGUCUCGCUUGAGUGAUUCAGAUCAAGCUGAUCUGAAAAAGCAAAAUUAUGAGAUGAUAAGCAUUGUAGUAUGCAAUCUUUAUCCAUUUAUGAAGACCAUAACUAAGCCUGACGUCAUUGUUGCUGAUGCUAUAGAAAAUAUUGAUAUCGGUGGUGUGACUUUGCUAAGGGCUGCCGCUAAAAAUCAUGCAAGAGUCACUGUUAUCUGUGACCCUGUUGAUUAUAAUAAGGUUAUCGAAGAACUGGAAAGCUCCUCUGACAGAGAUACUUCUCUUGUUACUAGACAGUCCUUGGCUCUCAAGGCAUUCACCCACACAGCUGAGUAUGAUAAUACCAUUUCUGAUUACUUCCGUAAAGAGUACAGUGCAGGAAAAUCUCAGCUUACACUUCGCUAUGGCAUGAAUCCCCACCAAAAACCAGCGCAGCUUUUCACUACUCUAGAAAAGCUUCCGUUGACAGUUGUUAAUGGUUCACCCGGAUUCAUAAAUCUUUGCGAUGCCUUAAAUGGUUAUCAGUUGGUCAAAGAACUUAAAGCUGCGCUCAAUUUACCGGCUGCAACUUCAUUCAAACAUGUUAGCCCAGCUGGUGCAGCAGUCGGUGUCUCACUAGAUGCCGACCAAGCAAAAUUAUGCCAAGUCGAAGAUUUGUUGGAUAAAUUGACUCCGCUAGCUUGUGCGUAUGCUAGAGCUAGAGGAGCGGAUAGAAUGUCUAGCUUUGGAGAUUUUGUUGCCUUGUCAGACCCUUGUGAUGUCAUUACUGCCAGGAUUAUUUCACGCGAAGUAUCUGAUGGCAUUAUUGCUCCUGGUUAUACACCAGAGGCACUUGAACUGUUGAAAAAAAAGAAAAAUGGCGGCUACUGUGUUCUACAAAUAGAUCCAGACUACACACCAGCUCCUGUGGAACGCAAAAUUCUCUAUGGUCUUACCAUGGAACAGAAGCGUAACGAUGCGGUCAUUGACAAAAAUCUAUUUACCAACAUCGUAACACAGCAAAAAGAUUUACCAGAAGGAGCCAUCCGAGAUUUGAUUGUAGCAACCAUAGCUCUCAAAUACACUCAAAGUAAUUCUGUAUGCUAUGCACGAGACGGACAGAUAAUUGGUAUUGGCGCUGGACAGCAAUCUAGAAUACAUUGCACAAGACUCGCGGGUGACAAGGCUGAUAACUGGUGGCUUCGUCAGCACCCUAAGGUUACGGGAAUGAAAUUUAAAAAGGGGGUAAAAAGGGCAGAAAUUUCAAACGCCAUAGAUAACUACGUAAAUGGAUCAAUUGGAAAAGAUAUGGACCGAGAAAGUUGGGCUGCUGUUUACGCAGUGGUUCCAGAACAGUUCACUGAAAAGGAACGAUCAGAUUGGGCUAAAAAAUUGGAUGGUGUUGCUCUUAGUAGCGAUGCCUUCUUUCCUUUCAGGGAUAACGUUGACCGAGCCAGAUUGAGCGGUGUUCGAUACAUUGCUAGUCCAGCUGGUUCCACCAAUGAUGAAGUUGUGAUUAAGGCUUGUGACGAUCACAAAAUCACUAUGGCACACACCAAACUUCGUCUAUUCCACCAUUGAAUUGUUUAGUCCAAUUCGGUUUAUCCCCACUUAGGGAAGGUUGCUGGAUUUGGGUGAUAUGUAGUGUACGUUAUCGAUCUGAGUAUUUCGAAUAUUCCUGUUAUUUCUAGAUAAAUGUAUUUUUAUGCAUUACUGUUAUCACUAUUAAUUUGGUAGUUUUAUACAAAUUUUGCCAUAUUAUGUUAUACGUAUGAUAUAUAAAUUUAAUGAUUUUAGGCUCCUUGGUAUUUUUCAACAAGACUUGUAUUUCUAAAGAUGUUCAAUAUAUUACUUUUUCUAAAUAACCUAA